GCUUAGACGACGCGACUGAUCAUUACUACCAAGUUUCAAACUUACCUGUUCCUUUGCAGAAAUUGGCAUCAAUCCUCAAAACCAUGAGGCAACCAUGCAACGAUCUGUUGUUGAUGCAAAUCGUUGGACUGAUGACGCUGACGGCCUUUGACUUCACUUAUGCAUCUCAACUACGCCUGGUGGCGGGAAGUACAAGAAAUGAAGGUCGGUUAGAGAUCUACGUAAACAACGAAUGGGGCACGGUGUGUGACGACUCGUGGGAUCUUGUGGACGCCCAUGUGGCCUGCCGGCAACUAGGCUUUCCUGCGGGCGCCGUCAAAGCCACCUCAGGCGGGUUUUAUCCAGGCGGAACAGGGCCAAUACAUCUGGACGAUGUCAACUGUUCGGGACAUGAGAGUGACCUCGAAGAUUGUGACUACGUGGGAUCUCACAACUGCGACCAUGAUGAGGAUGCUGGAGUCCUCUGUAUCAUUGGAGUACGUUUACAAGGCAGCUCAAACUCAAUGGACGGUCGCGUAGAGGUGCUUUGGAACGGUGCCUGGGGGACCGUUUGCGAUGACCUGUGGGACCUGAAUGACGCAACUGUCGUCUGCCGUCAACUGGGUUUUCUUGGUGCGUGGGAAGCUUCUACGUCUGCUACCUUUGGUGCAGGAGAUGGGCUGGACAUACUGAUGGAUAACGUCACAUGUGCAGGCGGUGAAGAGACCAUUUUUGACUGUAGCCACGCCGGGCUUGGAGAACACAAUUGUGGGCACAGUGAGGAUGCCGGGGUCCGAUGUGUUGACAUGCGGCUUGUUGGCAGUGACAAAAUUAACGAGGGCAGGCUUGAACUCCUCCUCAACGGUGAAUGGGGCACAGUUUGCGACGACUCAUGGGGACAAGAAGAAGCCCAGGUGGCUUGCAGGCAGCUCGGCUUCCCCAGUGCUAUUGAAGCUACCUCAGGAGCGUCAUUUGGAGAAGGCGUUGGUACAAUACACCUGGACAAUGUGGAGUGCACUGGCUCUGAACGUAACCUACUGAGCUGUCAGCAUAACGAGAUCGGGGAGAAUGACUGUGGCCAUGGUGAAGACGCAGGAGUCAUUUGCACCUUAGGUGCAGCUGGCUGCAGCAGCCAAUUAUCGACCAGCUAUCGGCCAGCUCUUGACCAAAAAAUUGGUUCGGCCAUAAUUGCGGACAUUCUCCGUCUCGUGGGGGGCGCUGAUAGCAAAGAAGGUCGACUCGAGAUUUUUCUCAACGGAGAAUGGGGCACUGUCUGUGACGACUCUUGGGAUAUUGAGGACGCCCGCGUAGCUUGUAGACAGUUGGGUUUCCGCGAUGCCAUCGAAGCUACCCAAGGAGGGUCAUUUGGAAGUGGAAGUGGGCCGAUCUACCUGGACAAUGUCACUUGCAAUGGACAUGAAAACGACCUGAUAACUUGUAAGCAUAACGGCAUUGGAGUCGAAGACUGUGGCCAUGGCGAAGAUGCAGGAGUCAUUUGUGGUACCAAAGUUGAGAUGCGACUUGCUGGCGGUGACACUGCUAACGAGGGCAGGCUUGAACUCCUCCUCAACGGUGAAUGGGGCACAGUUUGUGACGACUCGUGGGGACAAGAAGAAGCCCAGGUGGCUUGCAGGCAGCUCGGCUUCCCCAGUGCUAUUGAAGCUACCUCGAGAGCGUCAUUUGGAGAAGGCGUUGGUUCAAUACACCUGGACAAUGUGGAGUGCACUGGCUCUGAAAGUAACUUACUGAGUUGUCAGCAUAAUGAGAUCGGGGAGAAUGACUGUGGCCAUGGUGAAGACGCAGGAGUCGUUUGCAUUUCAGAGCCUUGUUUCAGUGGACCAUGUGCCCAAGGAGCAACUUGCAUCGACCUGUCGGAUGGGUUUACCUGCCAUUGUCCUGAUGGUUAUGGUGGACCGACGUGUGCAGAUGUUGCUCACUGUGUGACCAGCCACAACCAGUCUGACGUUCUGAUGGUUGUAUCAAGCCAAAAGGCUAUCUACCUUCCUGGUGACUCGGUUGUGUACGACUGCCCGGACGGAUAUCAGCUCAGCGGGUCUGCAACGAAGUUUUGUCAGGCAAACUUUACAUGGUCGGGACAGCCAGCUGAAUGUAUCAGAGAUUUUUGUGUCGGCAUGCCUUGUGUGAAUGGGGCAACUUGCCGCAGUGCGUUGGAUAGUUUCAUCUGUUCUUGCCCUGCUGGCUAUGACGGACUGACAUGCGCAGAUGUUGCCCACUGUGCGCCUACUUCUGACCCGUCUGACCGUCUGAUGGUGGUAUCAGGACAACAGGCGUUGUAUCUUCCUGGUGACUCGGUUGAGUAUGACUGCCCGGACGGAUUUCAGCUCAGCGGAUCCCCAAAGAGGAUUUGUCAGUCAAACUUCUCAUGGUCAGGACAGCUAGCUGCAUGCAGUAAAGCUCAAGAAAUGAUAUCAAGCCCUGUAGUACCAAUUGUGGGCGGUGGAGGGGGAGCCCUCGUCUUCAUCGUGGCACUCCUCGUUGUUAUCACUGUACUGAAGAGGCGAAAAUCAAGACGACAAAGCUGCCAUCCGUUGUGCAAUGGAUCUACCUCCGAGAUACGUUACUUUGAAAUCUCUGAGUUCGCUUCUGGCACGGUCGCUACCAAGGAGCCUUCUUCUCAAGCGAACUAUGAGACCACCAUCAACGCUUGCGCAGCUGACGACCACGUUUUCUGAGAUGCAACGACGGGAGAAUCCCCACUAAAAUCAUGACUUACGAAGCAGGCACAAAGUACUGCAACUUGAAGUGUUUAUUGUCAUCACUAUAAGCUAUAAACUAAUUCCAAACUAUCUAUUUCAUUAAUGACCCCAGGUUCGUAAACUGAACUAUUUUAAAGUGAUGAACAACUAAAUUAAGGAUAAGGGAACAUCAAAUAGAUUUUAACUCUUGUAUUAACACUAAUAAUAUUUACUCAAGUUACAAGCAGAAAUCCAACAGCAGAAAUCUUGAUGUUCAAAUCAAAUUUUGCCUGUAGCUGUACGUUCCCACACUCAUUUUAAACGGCAUAAAAAGAAAUUACUAAAAACACAUGCUUGCUCUAUUUGAAAAGGAUUAAUUGUUAUAUAAAAUAAACGCAGGUCCUGCAUCAACGUUGGUCUUCAGCGAACAACGUCGCAACAAAUGGGUCCUUAGUAUAGCUUUGCACGGACGAAUCGGACGAGCUCCAGGGAACUCACAAGGCUAUUGGAGCGAGAGGGAAACCUCAAACCCCAUGGGGUACGGCCAUCUAUAUCGGAACAAUUUUAAGCAAAAUACGUAAAAGUUCCAAGACCAAUGUAGCCAAAAUACCAACAAUUUUAACAAUGAUAACCAAUACCUCUGGCGUCUUCAACAUCGAUUUCCUGUCACUUUUGACAAAAUACAGACAAUGAAUUUGAUAGGGCACCGAUCUGCAUUUCAAUCUCAAAACAACACUGCAUUUCUACACAUUCAACAUUUCCUUCCUGAAAGCCAGUGUCGUCAGAUUUCAUGAACACAAUAAUUUGAUAUUCCUCAAAUCAUGGAGGAAGGACACAAAAGUUUGAACUGCCCGAGCUAUAGCAUUUGGCCAAUUACCGCUUUCUGGCAUGCGCGGUAUGUUCAUAGCCACAGCGCAUCCAGCGCUUGCUACAUAUCAUCAGUUUCACAACUACAAAACCCUUUUCUACCCUAUGAUGCUGGUAAUUUGCAUCCUCAAAACUUGUGUACUGAGGUAUAGGAAAUUGAUUAUUUAUGCAUUUGUUUGUGCUCGGUAUAAUCUCAUAACAACAUCAAAUUUAAGGCUUGCGCAGUUGCUUGCGUUGGGCUGUGUUCCCAAGAUCUGUACGUGCAGUUAUUGCCAUUAAUGAACACUUUCUUCUGGAGAGGUGUUCGCUAAAUACAAUCACGUAUUAACUGCGUAUUUCACGUCUUGGCCGGCCCUAACACUUACUCUGAAGCUGUUCAGUCAGUCAGUGGUGCUGUCCGUUUCUAUGAGAUCGCUAAAUCCAUGUUUAUCUCUCAUUAAUAAUUAACUCAGAGUUAUUAAGCGACAAAUUAUUUUCAAAGAGGUUACACUAUGCAUCAUCGUGAUUCUGGUAUUAUGCCAAAUGUAAAACUUACACUGUGAAAUUUAUCAGCAUUUUCCAGUGGUGAAGCUUUCGAGAAACCCUUUUUUAGACUAUAUAUUGUUCUUCCUCAUUUUCGUGAUCAAUGCAUCGCCUUGUAAGUUGGUUAUUGCAUGAAUAUGAAGUGAUAGUAGCAGCAAUUUUGCUGGGCAGUUUUGCCAAUAUAAUUGGAGAAACGCAUCCUUGGAUAUAGAAAUAUAGUUCCGUGCACUUUUUACAUUUAAAACUUGAGUCUUGACUAGUAAAUGGUUCCACUCGACUCGUGUUACCAUCAUCAAAUGCCUUGACUCUUUUAGUCUCUCAUCGGAGGGCCCAUCCCAAAAUGAGUGAAAGUUAAAAAAAGUCCUCAAAAAGCAAUCUUCUUUUGCAAAAAAAAUUGCAUUGACUUAUAUUGCUGUACCUUUUUCAAGCUUACGGUCAACAACAAAAUGGCUGACUUGCCGCAAUUUGCAUUCACUCGGCGAAUAUCAGUGCACAGUUUCAGGAAUGUCUGAUUGAUUGCGUAUUCCGCGUCUAACAAAAAUUAGUCAUUUAACAUUUAUCGACAUUAAUACCACAAACACUUCCAAAUCUUUAACCUUUUCUAGAAAACCAUGUAAUAAAACAAAAGGCAUUCGGCGCCAAGAACUGUUGUCGACGGCUUUCCCACAGUGCACUCCAAAAAGGCCUCUCUGUGGCGACCCCUUGGUGGCGCAGGGUAUCGUGAAUCGCACGUGUGCCCAUUGUCCUUUCUCGUUUAUUUUUGUACAUUGUUAAAACGCGAAACUUCAUUUUCACAUCUGUAAUCAUGAUGACUGUUUGUACCAAAAAUAAAGAGGAAAAAUUUGUUCGUUGUUAUGGAUAAAUUACUUUAAUCUUUAAAAUAAACUACAACUUUUUCAAACUAUCACUUUUGCAACUGUAAUCUUUAUCAACAGUAUUAUUGCUCGUAUACGUUCCUGUUGAACAAUCUUAAACAGCACAUUUGAGCACUCAGUUUAUUUUAUUGUAAUGUCAGAGCUGGUAUUAGUUCAUUGGUCUGCUUUGCAAUGUUUUGUCAAAAUAAGACUAAUUAAAACUGUUUAGAAAUACUCUUUGAACCUUCUCGACCAGGCAACUUGACGACAUCCCGGUUCUAUCAAAACUAUAAUUAAUUUGCAUAUAUCAUGAUUGAUUUACACAGGGACACAUGGUUUCUGCCAGGAAGUGAGAACACAUGUUCUAAUAUACCUUGCAUGGUUGAAAAGAUACUUAAAGGAAAAGGCAAUUUAUUUGGGCAGGAUUACUAUUAAUCUUAUGUUACGUAAACCUGUGAAGUUUACCUUGUUCUUAAAACAUCGGAACUGCUAUAAACAACGUAGCUUUUUUGAGGAAACAGG